GCGCUUCAGUAGUGCGCGCGCGAGCUAGAGCGUGUUCAGUUCAGUUUCCUGGCGAUUGUAGUCAACAGUAAGAGGCACACAGAGAAACGCUACAUGCGUUGAGAAACAAACGAAUUGACUGACACAUGCAGGAGCAGCAUGGGGAGAUCAUUACUGUCUGUCAGGAUAAGAAUAAGGAAGCAUAAGGUCUUCCUGAUGUGCUUACUGGGGAUUUGUGCCGUUUCCUUACUUCAUUACUACAAAGCCCUGCACAAUAUUUCACUGCUGCAGGAGCUCUCAUCUUCCUCCACCCAUCUAAAGACCCUGAAGAUGUUCAGAGGGAUCUUCUGGAAUUUUCCGGCUACUGACCACUCCCAACAAGACUUCUACAGUCUCAGCCACCUGAAGACUCAAUAUGACUCAAAUGGGAUUGUGCCAGAUCCUCCAGGUGAGAAACUUCACGAACGUACCUUUGUCCUCCAAGAUGAUUCCACACCCUUUUUCAUCCACACCAAAUCCGGAGCUGUGUGCUUCCAUGAGGGUACGGAUAUGGCCGCCUCUUCUUCUCACCACAGGUUACUGCAACAUAACUCCAAAGACGACACAAUCAAUGCAAGCAAGAAGGUGGUUCAGUGUCCCUGUCGGCAGGGUUGGCACGGCCCUCACUGUGGCAUACCUACAAUUGUGUAUCACUCCAAUCUCCCGUCCAAGUCAAAAGUACAACCCAGAAAAGUUCCACGUCGAGUCAUCAAUGCCAUCAACGUCAACCAUGAGUUUGACCUACUACACGCUCGAUUUCAUGAACUUGCUGAUGUUGUGGACGUGUUUUUGGUUUGCGAAUCUAACUAUACCGCGUACGGUGACAAAAGACCUCUUUAUUUCCGGCACCUUCUCCUGAACGGAGCGUUUGAUUACAUUAAGCACAAGAUUCUGUUCGUCUUCCUGGACCACUUUCCAGUGGGCGGCCGUGAGGACGGCUGGAUCAUGGAUGAUUACCUGCGCACAUAUUUGACCAAAAAUGGAAUGUCGAGGAUUGAGGGCCUCAAAGCGGACGAUGUUUUCGUCAUCAACGAUGCAGAUGAAAUCCCUGCUCGAGAUGGAAUCCUUUUCCUCAAACUCUACGACGACUGGACGGAACCGGUUGGGAUACACAUGCGCAAAUCCCUAUAUGGAUUUUAUUGGAGGCAAUUCGGAACGCUAAACAUCUUAUCUGCUUGCACGGCAGCUAUGCUUUUUAAGGUUUACAGGGGUGAUGGGAUUCUUCUUCGCCGACGAUCCUAUUAUUCAAUUCCGGGAUUCCGGGAAUAUGAGAACUCCACGGGACGCAUUCUAGUCCCGUGGGCCAUCGGAAGCCCCGUUCACUAUGCUGGAUGGCACUGCUCUUGGUGUUUCAAACCAAAAGGGAUUUAUUACAAGCUCAUAUCAGCUCAGAAUGGAGACUUCCCACGUUGGGGCGAUUACAGCGAGAAACGUAAUAUAAGUUAUAUUGAAAAGUUAAUACGUACAGGGGGUUGGUUUGAUGGGUCUGUACCAAACUACCCACCCACAGACCCCAAAGAGCAUAUGUAUGCUCCCAAAUACUUCCUGGAUAACUAUAAUAAAUUUCGCUACUUGCUGGAGAACUUAUUUGCCAAAGAGAAACGUUAAUAGAAAUGGAUCUGUUUCAAAUGGGCAUUUACGAAGUUAACCUGAUAGUUUCUGUAUCCUAAUGUUUAUGUAUUCAUAAUGAGAGAGUGUUACAGCGGGACUGUGGUAAAAAUUGCCUUAGUGCACUUUUUGCAUUGAUGCUUUGAUUCUUAAGAUAAGUCAUCACUAUUCUCUCUCUUUUUUUCCAUUAAAAAUAUCAUCCUUUAAAAUCAGCGUGAAGUAAAAAUGGACAAAUAUUUUUAUUUUUAUGGAAUAUUGCUGUAUUUAUCCAUGCAAAUCAUUAUUAUUUUUUAAUUAAUAUGCUCUCCUAAUCUUGAAUCAAAAUAACUUUCCCUCCCUCUUGCAGCUCAUCUCUUCUUUUAUGCAGUGUUCACUGGCACGGGGGCGGAAUAACCUGUCACUCACUUGACAUCACACCAAUAGCAAACCCCCAUCCAAUCAAGUCCCGCCCUACAUUUUUUGUUGUUCAGAAGCCUUUCACUGAUUUAGCCUGUCACAAUAUACAACUUUCCUUUCAUGCCAACUUUAAACAAGUAUAUAAAAUA